AUGGACAGCACUGUGGAGAGGAGUGUGGGCUCAGGGGCUGCGGAGGGCAGUGAGGGCUGGGCCAUGUGCCCACGGCCAGAGUGCGGGGUUGAGCUAGGGGUUCCCGGGAGCCCCGACGUGGCCCCCUUCCCGGGCACAGAGGACGCUGGCUGCUGGGUCAUCGCCCCCUUGACCGAGCCAGCCUACAGCCCCUUCUGCCCUGCUCCAACCGCGCACUGCUCGGAUAGCAAACUCUCCCCAACUGCUCGGAGCCAGGCUCUGGGCGCCAUCGAGAGUAAGGCGCCCAGACUGCCUGAGCCUUGGGGCGGGGAGACCCCGCGCAGGGUCCCGCCGGCCAUCCACCAUCGGUGCGUUCUCAGCAAGGCCCUGGACCUGUCCGGUCCACUUUCCUCGCGGGUGCAGUGGGGUGACAGCGCCCUCCCACGGGGUCAGGGCGGCAGCGAAGCCAGAGGCUGCAGGGGUUGGUUGCUCGUCGAGCUUUCCCGGCCUCCACCAAGCCAAUCAGCACGCGUGCGCCUGGAGCUGCGUGAGGCGGCGGCUGGAGGACCGGCCGGGGGGUCCGGGCCGACUCCCCCACGGCCUGAGCUACCUGCGGGGGAUGGCGCAGGCCCGGCGGACGGCGGGAGGAGGCGGCCCCUCUCCCCGGGGCGCGCCGCAGCUGUAAAGGAGGCUUCGGAAGCGCGUGCCUUGCGGAGCUUUUGCAAGGAUGGCCUGGGCAGACGCCUGGAAAGCCCCAGGCCCACGUGUGCGGUGUUGGCCAGCCCAUGGAUUUCCUGUUUCUCCAUCUAUAAACUGGCGACGCCCAGGCCGGGCCUCCAACUCAGUGUAAACUUGGCUCCGCCUCUCGGUGGACAGGUGUACCUGGCUGGCCUCACUGACCUCAGAGAAUGCAGCAAGAGGGGGCCUCCAGAACCAGGCGUGACAGCCCGGUAUACAAGCGAGGAGGGGAACGUCUCAAGCAGCUGCUGCCACUCCACCUGUGAAAACGCCGGCUCCAAUUCAAAGACAUAUCCUCCCCACUUCUGUGCCCUGAAGGAAGCCAGUGGGGAUGGGGACCGUGCAUCUUUCCCAAGUGAUCCAUUUGCAGUGGGGCCAACAGCCCUGCCCACUGUCACCCCACCGCUAGAGGAGGGCGAGCGCCAGGCCCUGGAGAUGGACUCUUCCUGCUCUGAACUGCUCUAAAUGCGGCCAUGAGCCUGACUGUCACUGUCUGGCUUCAAGGACGUCCUCAUCCCCUUCUUUUCACCCUCCUUGCGCUUUGGCUGGAAUUAGGAGGCCUUCCCCACUCCUCCCAGCACCUCUGGCCACCUCCGAGCCCCUGCUGGGACCUCCUACUGUGUGCCCAGCCUGCAGGAGUCAUGUGGUGCCAGCCAGCACUCAGAGCCCAUGGCCCGACGGGCAGGCCCCCAGCACCCCCUCCCUCAGUUACUGACAAGGCCCCCAGGGCCCCCACGCAUGGGUUCUGGGCCAGACCCCAGCUGGAUAUAUGGCAAUGGAGGACUUGGUGUCUGCUCUUGACAGAACACACAGGGAGGUGGGGUAGCGCCUGGGAGGGGCCAGGUGAGCCACAGGUCCCUCCUCUCAAGUACAGGUGACAGUCCCUACCUCCCCAGCUCGCUUAGGGGUGAUGUGAGAUCACAGAGAGUUAUUGUUAAGUGGCAGGGACUUCUGCCCCCUCCAGACAUAAAAGAUAUAGCCUCGAAUGGGAGGGGCGCCUCGCAGGUGGGGGCUGAGGGUGCAGAUCUCAGACAGGGAGGUACAGGAGGGACAAAUGUGACCAGGCGUCCAACUUCAGCUCUGGUUCACGUGGAACAAAAUCUUCCCCGGAAUGAAGACCCGUCUUUGAGGCGUGUCUCCUGGUGAGGGCACCCCUCGUGACAUCUCACUACAGCUCAGAGAAAACCCUACUC